AAACGCUUACUAACUCAGUCACAUUACCAUCAGAUUGAAAGAGAGAGAGCGACAAUCAAACCUGCUUCUCAGAAACAUGACAGAUCAAACUCCACAACAGACAAUGCCAAUGAAUGACAGCUCCAAAAACCAGACUUGUGAUGUAUUCAUCUACAAGGAGUCUGCGCGGAUCAUCUUUCCCACUUUCUAUUGCCUGGUUUUUAUCAUCAGCGUGGCAGGUAACAGCCUGGUCCUCUGCAUCACCUGUCAGAAAAAGCAGAAGAUGAACUCCACCACCAUGUAUAUCAUCAACCUGGCCAUCUCCGACACCCUCUUCACCUUGGCUCUUCCCGGCAGGAUCAUCUACUACAUCCAAGGCUUCGACUGGCCUUUUGGAGAUUUCUUGUGCCGGCUGACUGCCAUGAUCUUCUACAGCAAUACCUAUGCUAGCAUCGCCUUCAUGACCUGCAUCAGUGUAGAUCGCUACUUGGCCAUGCUGCACCGUCAGAGAUGUCAAAGACUAAGGAAAAACAAAGUUGUGCGAGGUAUCUGCAUUCUGGUAUGGGUGGUAGUGCUUCUUGAAACGUCUCCUCUGCUCAUGAAGAACACCAUGGAAUACAGGUCCGGUCAUCGAACGUGCAUGGAGUUCUCUAAUUUUGAUAGCCCCAGGAUGGCAUACGUUCUCCUGUUUGCUUGCAUAAUUGGGUUUUGCAUUCCAUUGGGACUCAUCCUGUGCUGCUACAGUCAGGUCAGCUACAAGCUCUCCAAGACGGCCAAGGAAAACCCGGUGACCAGCAGGUCUGGCAGCAACAGCAGAGCCAAAAAUAUGAUCCUGCUCAUUUUGCUGAGCUUUGGCGUGUGUUUCAGUCCCUAUCACAUCAACAUCAUUCAGUAUGCAGUUAGAAGGCUGUACAAUGAGCCCACUUGUGAGGACUUAAAGACUUUGAAAAUGUCCCUGCAGGUAACCGUUUCCAUGAUGAACUUUAACAGCUGCCUUGACCCUAUUAUUUACUUUUUUGCUAUCAAAACGUACAAGCAGAGAGUCAUGAGUCUUUUUAAGAGCUACCUUUCCGUUUCAGCAUCCUCAAGGAGCAUGCAGGAAAACAGCAGCAGUAACACAUGAGGGCCAAUAUUAUGUGAAGAAAAAUAUGAUGGUGCAAACUGCAGAGGAAAUGUCUGCACACGUGUGAAAAUUUGGUUAGAUAGCUGUAGAGUGCAGAGUUUCAUACUUUUUAUUUCUGAGCAUAUGGAAUACAAUUUCUUAUCAUUGAUGGUGUAUCUGUUAUUUUGUCUUGGGAUUUUUGACCACAUUUUCUGUGAACUUAAGAUAUCUGACAUAAGAUCACUGAUAUUAUGUUGCUUUUUGGUGGUCAUUAGGAAUUUUAAUAUGAAACUAACAUGCAUUUGUCACUCAUAUGCAUUUAUAACUGAGGCUCAUUUGUUUUUGUAAUAUAUUUCAAAAUUGAGAGAUUGAGAUUAAUAUGCUAUUGGAUUUGAAUGUUUUUACUUGGUCUUGUAGGCCUGCCUUUGACGUCAAAUGAAAUUGAAAGGCUUAAAGCGAAAAUGGGAAAUUCUGUUAUCAUGUACUAAUCCUCAUGUUGUUCCAAACCCAUACGAAAUUUGUUCAUCUUCAGAACACAAAUGAAGAUAUUUUAAUCAAAUUUGAAAUUUAAAAAAAAAAAAAAAAAAAAAAAAUAUGAAUCAUGCAAUUUAAUCCAAGUCUUUUGAGGAAACAGGAAUGGUUUAUUUGAUAGCCAGCUUUGAUUUUGGCUUUUUUUUUUUCAAAUACAAAUUGAUAUUCUAAUUUAUGUCCUGAAAAUAAACAAACGUUUUUUUUUUUGGCUUGAAACAAUAUGAGGGCGAGCAGGGGCGUCGGACUGGGGGUAAAACCAGUACUGAUUACCAGGGCCCAAGAGGAAGAGAGGGCCCUUGAAAAGUCUGGAAUAUAUAUUUCAGGGGGGCAUUAGGACUGCCAAUGCAUAGGGCCCGGGAUCUUGUGCAGUGCCCCUGAGGGCAAGUAAAUAAUGACAGAACUUAUCUAUUUUCAAUUUAGAGUGAACUAAGCCUUUAAGAAAAUGAAUUAAUUGGAAAAGUCCCACAUAAAGGUCAAGGAGGCUAAAAGACCAUUUUGAGUAAGAAUGAGUUAUUAUGUAGGUGUAUGUUAAUACCUAUUGAAAUUUCCAUAAGCUGCUGUGUAAAUACUGUGUUUUGCUUAAAAAAUGCUCACAAUGUGUGUUACAU